AUCACAUGACCAACUACUCGCAGCUCCAUUCAGCGAUAGAUACGUAAUUUACAGUCGUAUAUUGACCGAGGACGACUCAAUAGAUAAUCUUUUAUCUGACUAUUAAAUAAUGAGUGGUCGCAAACGCGUCCGUGCCACUGGUCACUUCGCGCGCGCCGUCUUAGCCAUACGCGCGCCAAAAACUUCACUUGAUGAUUACGUGAAUAGAUCAUCAAAAAAGACGGUUUUUGCACCUAGUUUAGUAAAAACUUCAUCUUUAUAUGUGACAUAGUUGUGACUAUUUAUAGUGUUAAUAAAAUCAACAGUUUUCUCAGUGUUAGUGUUUACUUCAGUGAAUGUAUAUCUGUGUGAAAUGCUGUUUUUAAGAAUAUCGGAUCUUGGCAAGCCCAUGAUCGACGGGGACGUUGCCAAAAUGUCAUGCGAGCAUGAGGUCACGUCGGGUGCGCGGAGCCCGCAUGGAAGCCGGGCGAGCUGGUGACCCCCUGCAGAGUUGCCGCACCCCGGCAUGGCCGCGCCCGUGUCGCCGCCGCCGCGCGGUGGGCCGCUGCAAGCGCCAGCCGGCCCGGCGCCGCCCCAACCCGGCCUAGAGCCCGGCGCCGCGCCCCAGCGCCUCGCGCCCAUCCCGGAGCAAGAACCGCUGCUCCGCGAUGCCAGUGUUCCGCGGAAACCGAACGCGAGGACGCUCCACGUCCAGUUCGACGCGCAGUCGCCGCCGGCGCCCGGCUCCGUCAGCAGUUCCAGCUCGUCCAGCUCCUCGGACGACGAGGAGCUCUCGUUGGCCGAGGCCCGCCCGCCCGACGGCGGCUGGGGCUGGGUUGUCGUGUUCGCGUCGUUUAUGGUGAACUUAAUCGCUGACGGCAUCACGUUCAGCUUCGGCGUAUUUUUCCCGUAUUUCUUAGAGUAUUUCGGGGAAGGUAAAGGAAAGACGGCAUGGAUAGCCGGCAUUUUCAUGGCGAUGCCGCUCCUGUCGGGGCCCAUCGCCAGCUUCCUGACGGACCGGUACGGCUGUCGGCUCAUGACUAUAUUCGGCUCAGUAUUAGCGGCCAUCGGGUUCGUGAUAUCGACGUUUGUAGAAAAUAUGGAAACGCUGUUCCUCACGUUUGGGAUCAUGGCCGGAUUUGGACUAAGCUUAUGCUACGUGGCGGCGGUAGUGAUUGUCGCCUACUAUUUUGAGAAGAAGCGAUCGCUCGCGACAGGCAUAUCGGUUUGUGGGAGCGGGAUCGGUACUUUCAUAUUCGCGCCGCUCACCAACGUGUUGCUAGACGAGUAUGGCUGGCGAGGGACGACGCUAAUCCUAGCCGGAUUUUUCCUAAACAUGGCCGUUUGUGGGCUAUUAUUUAGAGAUCUUCCAUGGACAACUACGAUGAAUGCUGAAAAAGCGAAAGAAAGGAAGCGAAAACGAGAAAGAAAGCGGAACAAACGUUUUGGGUCUUCGGCAGACAGUUUUUCAGACAGCAAAAGCAGCGCUGCCGGUUCCGCAAAGAUAACUGAAACAGUAGAUGUUGAAGCCGUGGCGUCUCCUAUCGUGCCACAGUUCAGUUCCUUAGUAGACUUGCCAACGUUCAUGACUGGAGGAGAGAGUGUUUCUUUAGAAGUGUUCGAGUUAAUGUCCAACAAAGGUCGCGCCUAUGCGAUUCUCGCCCAGAAUUAUCCGGGAGUGAUGCUUCCUUCGAGAAGCUUCAGCGACAGUGGGCGUUUGCAUGAGCAAUCUCCACCGAGGGCUUUAAUGUCUCCUGACACUUUAUCCCCUGGUGCUUUGUCACCUACAUCAGCGCCCAGGACUCAAGAAAACCGAGCAUUAAGCGACAAGACAGCUCUGUCUCUCUGGUUAAAGAGACAGGCCGCUACCGGGACAACAGGAGCUGUGAAGAGGCCGCCAGCAUUCUUGAAGGACUUGAGGGUGCAUCGGCAUUCGCUGACGUACAGAGGCGCCAUGUUGAAUAUCAACAGGUAUCGGCUCCGAGCGUCGUCGUGUCCCAAUAUCUUCAGGAAUUCUAUGACUACCAUUGCUAAAGAAAAGCUCCAAUGGUACGCCGGCCUCUGGGACUUCUGGGACCUCGCCGUGGACGUCCUCGACUUCUCCCACUUCAAGAACCCAGCAUUCCUAGUGUUCGCGUUCUCGAACUUUCUACUCUACAUGUGGUACGACGUCCCAUACGUGUACAUCGCUGACAGCGGCAUGAGCAUGGGCUUCGACAAGAACGAGGCAUCCAUGCUGAUCUCUAUUAUUGGGAUCCUGAACAUGUUUGGAGAGAUACUCCUGGGCUGGGUGGGCGACUGGGAGUGCGUAAAUCCGAGCCUCGUGUACGCGGCCUGCAUGUUACUAUGUGGUUUCGUCACCUGCCUCAUGCCGCUGCUGCCCACAUACUUAGGACUAGCGUCAGCAUCGGGCCUAUUCGGGGCGUUCAUCGCAGCCAACUAUUCCCUGACGUCCAUUAUCCUGGUGGAGCAGAUCACGCUGGAGAAGUUCACCAACGCGUACGGCCUGCUAUUGCUAAUGCAGGGCGUCGCCAACCUCAUCGGACCGCCCUUAGCAGGGUGGGUGUUCGAUAUGACCAACUCCUACGACCUGUCCUUCUACAUGGCCGGCGUGUUCAUCGCCAUAUCCGGAGUCGUCCUGCUCGUCCUGCCCGUCUACAACCGGGCCCGCAAGUAUAACGAGAUGCGGAAACCCCCCGCAGAACAAGCUAAACAACCCCCCACAGAACAAGCUAAACAAUCCCCCACAGAACAAGCCAAACAACCCCCUGAGGAGCCUGAAGUUAAUGGGGUUAUUAAACAGAAUGGGAAAUUAGGUGUCUAGAAGCGACUUCAAAUUUCUAAAUAAAUGGAGUCAAAUAUAAUGGAAAAAAUGGCGUCUAAAAAUGUCUCAAUUAAUGAAUCGAAACGAGCCAAUAUAUCUUUUUCUAACGCCAAAAUAAGAGCUUCGACCUGACCGGUGUUUAUCGGUAUCUCGAGUCACAAGUAUAACGAGAUGCGGAAACCUAAACAACCGCUGACCCUAAAGCCAAUGGGUUUUAAAAAAAUGGGAAAUUAGGCGUCUAAAAAUAUCUGUACGAUUGUAUUUGACAAGUUUUUACCAGCGCUUAUAUCUUGUAUCUAUAUCUUGGGAUUUAACGAAACCAACUACAGAUAAACCUAUACUAUCUAUCUUUCGCAUAAUAUUAUUUGGCAGAAAACCCUAACCUACUUAGAAAAUUCUACCAAAUGAAUAUUAUGCGAAAUUACUAUUAUGGCAAGUAUUUAUUUAUGCGAAAGUAUCUUUCGACUAAGAUUUUCUGCGAUACGUGUUAUACGAAGUGUAUUUCUGACAAAUAAUAUUCUGCCAGAGGGUAACCCGCCUUGAUCAUAUUACAAGCAAUAAUUGACCGAAAUAAAUAUAAGUAUUGAGAGAACAGUCGCCAUCACAUAUAUCGGAGCGGCGAUGGCGCUCACAAAUAUCUGAACACGCCUCUAUUGCUUCAAAGUGCGUGUUCAGAUACUUUUGAGCACCCCGGCCGCGCCGAUGGCGACUGAACGCGAAACUUAGAUAAUUUGUGUUGUAAACGAACAAUUACUACCUCGUCGGUGUCUUCAAUUGAUGUGAAUUAGAUAUUUAAAGUGUCA